AUGCCAAAACCCAAUUGUUGCCUCAAGCUAUUGGGGCGAUGGAAUGGGUUUCACAAGUCAAUCUUUACUCUGAUCAUCUUGGUGAUUCUGUUAUCCAUCGCCACCCUGUCCAAGUUCUACUCCAUCACAUCUCUCUCAAUCUCAGACACCUUAUGCAGCCGGGUCGUGAACAUCGAGUCCCCGAGCAGGUUUUCUGCUGCAGAUGAUGGUUCAAGAGCAGCUCUGGAGACGGUUAUCCAGAAAAUCCGUGAUGAAAUGAAGGAGACGGGGGCUGCUGCAUCAGUAAUUCCAAGCUCAAGGUACAAUGCUUUCCUCGCCGAGAUUCUGGAGCUUCUUCUCGUCCAAUCUCUGGCUUCCCCUGUUGAAAAAACAACCCAAAUCCACCCUCUUGCGAUGAGGCCGAAACACGACGAAGCAGCGGCGGAGUUCUUCCUGAUCGAGGAGAUUCGCAAGUACGUGAGGAUCAAACCGAACAGGUUGGGGAAGCAGAACUUCAUGGGAGCCAAUGGAACUUUCACCAGCAUCGGUCACGCCUGUUUCGCAAUGAAGCAGGAUCUGGAGGAGUACAUGGACUACGACGUGGGAGAGAUCUGCAAGGACGAUUGGAAGCUAGCCCAGAAGCUGAUGGUUCACGGUUGCGACCCCUUGCCACGGAGGAGGUGUUUCUCCAGAGCUCCACAGCUCUACAUCAAGCCGUUCCCCAUAACCGAAUCGCUGUGGAAGCUCCCCGACCAUCGAAACGUGCGGUGGAGCGGCUACAGGUGCAAGAACUUCACCUGCCUGGCGGCGAAUGGGACUCGAAAGGGCUUCUUCAAGUGUGCCGAUUGCUUCAACCUGACGCACCACGAGAUGCCCCGAUGGAUGGAGCUGAAGCUCGAUCCCCAGACGAAUCAGACCGCGGAUAUCCUCAUCUCGGACGUGCUGAGCAUCAAGCCAGGGGAGGUCAGGAUCGGGCUGGACUUCAGCGUCGGGACGGGGACGUUUGCAGCUCGGAUGAGGGAGUUCAACGUCACCAUUGCCACGGGGACCAUCAACCUCGGGGCGCCAUUCAACGAGAUGAUUGCGCUCAGGGGGCUGCUGCCGAUCUACCUCAGCAUAAACCAGCGGCUCCCGUUCUUCGACAACACGCUGGAUUUGAUCCACACGACGAGGUUUCUCGACGGGUGGAUCGACUUCGUGCUGCUCGACUUCAUACUGUACGACUGGGACAGAGUUCUGAGGCCCGGAGGGUUGCUGUGGAUCGACAGCUUCUUCUGUUUGAAAGAGGAGCUGGAUGAUUACUUGGAGUCGUUCAAGAUGCUGAGGUACAGGAAGCGGAGAUGGAUUGUGGUUCCGAAAGUGGACAAGGAUGAUCGAGAAGUGUUCUUCUCCGCUGUCCUGGAGAAGCCACCCAGACCCUUUUAG